GUCAACCCCAGGACAGCGGACAGCGGGCCGGACACUUCCAAAGGUGCAGGAGUGAAGCAGCCCUCUCCAGCCGUGCACUGCACCUCCGCGGCCCGCGGGCGAGAUUGGGGUCCGGGUGGGAAGCAGACGCACAAUCGGGGAGAAGCUCCAGCGGUGGAGGAAGAGUCCAGAGAGCUUCAGAGGGGCAGAAGGGGCGCAGAGGCUUGGGGCCAAGCGGAGUUUGCCCUGCGGGUCCUGCGCAAGGCCCCAGUACCCCGGCUAAACUUUUACCGCAGGAUCCCGGAGCCGGCGUCCUUCAAGGAGCACAGAGGGCCCCGCAGCACGCCCCUUGCCCAGCGCCACCGACCCCUAAGCAGCGUCAAGGAAGGAGUCCAGAUCAAGGACAGGAAUCUGCGGCCAUGGCCGAGGCCGCGGAGCCGGAGGGGGUUGCCCCGGGUCUCCAGGGGCCGCCGGAGGUCCUCGCGCCUCUGGCUGAGAGAGCCGGAGAGCCAGGAGCCGCGGGCGGGGAGGCAGAAGGGCCGGAGGAGAGCGAGGGCGCAGAGGAGGCGCCAAGGGGCGCCGCCGCGGUGAAGGAGGCGGGAGGCGGCGGGCCGGACAGGGGCCCGGAGGCUGAGUCGCGGGGCACGAGGGGGGCGCAUGGCGAGACUGAGGCCGAGGGAGCCCCAGAGGGUGCCGAGGUGCCCCAGGGAGGGGAGGAGACAAGCGGCGCGCAGCAGGUGGAGGGGGCGAGCCUGAGGCGCGGCGCGCAGGGCGAGACCCGCGGGGAGGCUCAGAGGGAGCCCGAGGACUCUGCGGCCCCCGAGAGGCAGGAGGAGGCGGAGCAGAGGCCUGAGGCCCCGGAAGGCAGCGCGCCCGGGGCGGCGGGGGACAGCGUAGACGAGGAGGGCCCGCUGGGGGACAACAUAGAAGCCGAGGGCCCGGCGGGCGACAGCGUAGACGGGGAGGGCCCGGCGGGGGACAGCGUAGACGCGGAGGGCCGGGUGGGGGACAGCGUAGACCCGGAGGGCCGGGUGGGGGACAGCGUGGACGCGGAGGGCCCGCUGGGGGACAACAUGGAAGCCGAGGGCCCGGCGGGCGACAGCGUAGACGCGGAGGGCCGGGUGGGGGACAGCGUAGACGCGGAGGGCCGGGUGGGGGACAGCGUAGACGCGGAGGGCCGGGUGGGGGACAGCGUGGACGCGGAGGGCCCGGCGGGGGACAGCGUAGACUCGGAGGGCCCAGCGGGGGACAGCGUAGAAGCGGGGGUCCCGGCGGGGAACAGCGUAGAAGCCGAAGGCCCGGCGGGGGACAGCAUGGACGCCGAGGGUCCGGCAGGAAGGGCGCGUCGGGUCUCGGGUGAGCCGCAGGAAGCAGGGAACCGCAGCCUCUCGCCCCAGGCCGAGGCAAUUGAGGUCGCAGUCGGGGACAGCGCGGGGCGCAGCCCGGGUGAGCUCGCUUGGGACGCACCGGAGGAGGCGCAGGUCCCGGGGGGAAAGGGGUCCGAGAAAGCGACCCCCGGGGACGCAAGGGCAGACCCUGGCGAGGACGGGGUAGGGGAUAGGCCACAGCAGGAGUCGGGGGAGGACGAAGAGAGACGAGAGCGGAGCCCGGAGGGGCCAAGGGAGGAGGCCGCAGCGGGGGGCGAGGAGGAAUCCCCCGACAGCAGCCCACGUGGGGAGGCCUCCAGGGGCGCCGCGGAGCCUGAGGCCCAGCUCAGCAACCACCUGGCCGAGGAGGGCCCCGCCGAGGGUGGCGACGAGGCCGCGCGCGUGAACGGCCGCCGGGAGGACGGAGAGGCGUCCGAGCAGCGGGUCCUGGGGCAGGAGCACGACAUCACCCUCUUUGUCAAGGUAAAACUUAUUGCUUUAGGCUGUUCUCGCAUUGCUAUAAAGAAAUACCUGAGAGCUGGUUAUGAUGGUGAGAGUAUCGGAAAUUGCCCGUUUUCUCAGCGUCUCUUUAUGAUUCUCUGGCUGAAAGGCGUUAUAUUUAAUGUGACCACAGUGGACCUGAAAAGGAAACCCGCAGACCUGCAGAACCUGGCUCCCGGAACAAACCCUCCUUUUAUGACUUUUGAUGGUGAAGUCAAGACGGAUGUGAAUAAGAUCGAGGAGUUCUUAGAGGAGAAAUUAGCCCCCCCGAGGUAUCCCAAGCUGGGGACCCAACAUCCCGAAUCUAAUUCCGCAGGAAACGACGUGUUUGCCAAAUUCUCAGCGUUUAUAAAAAACACGAAGAAGGAUGCAAACGAGAUUUAUGAAAAGAACCUGCUGAAGGCCCUGAGGAAGCUGGAUAAUUACUUAAAUAGCCCUCUGCCUGAUGAAAUAGAUGCCUACAGCACCGAGGAUGUCACUGUUUCUGGAAGGAAGUUUCUGGAUGGGGACGAGCUGACGCUGGCUGACUGCAACCUCUUACCCAAGCUCCAUAUUAUUAAGAUUGUGGCCAAGAAGUACAGAGAUUUUGAAUUUCCUUCUGAAAUGACUGGCAUCUGGAGAUACUUGAAUAAUGCUUAUGCUAGAGAUGAGUUCACAAAUACGUGUCCAGCUGAUCAAGAGAUUGAACACGCAUAUUCAGAUGCUGCAAAAAGAAUGAAAUGAAGCUGGGCUGUUUUCUGUCUUAUUUCUCAGUUGAGUGAGCGAGGAUACGAAAAGAGUGUGUUCUAUGCAUUUCCCCCAAAUAAGUCCUUCACAAAAUAACACCCGUAGUGGGAUCCGCUCAACCCCAAAUGAUACGCGGCCUUGUAAAUUGUCAACUCCCUUGUGUAUCUGAAUAUACCAGUAUCUGUUGCUAGACACACCAAUUGUCCAGUUUAUGUUAAUUUAUAUCUGUGAUAUUCACUGACAUUGGAAUCUAUGAUAUUUAGGGCAUGUGUUUGUCACUUUAAGUUUGAAAACAAAUUAGGUUUGCGUUCAAUUCCUUCAAUUUUUAAAAAACUGGUCUCUGAGAGUUUUUUAAAUCAUUGAGAGCCUGUUUUUCUUCUCUAAAACAUUAGUUUAAUUUUCUUCAGAAUGAAAAUACUGCUUUGUAAUUACAAAGUGAGACACACCAGCCUUGAUAUUUUAAAGCAAUAUCAGAGGGUGUAAAGAAGGACAUUUAAAAAAUCACCUAAAAUUUUACUCCACUUAAUUACUGAAAACUUACUGGAGAACAUUUUCCAAGUCUUCAGUGCCUUGCUUGCUCUCUCUCUCUCUCUGUCUCUCUCUCUGUCUCUCUCUCUCUCUCACAUACACACACACACACACACACACACACACAAUUUCAUUCAUAUAUGGUAUUGCGUUAUUUUAUUUUAAAGCACUGGUGAGGGGACCUCUUGGUAAUGCCUGGAUGAUCGUACACAGAGGACUUACACCAUACAAAAAGAUUGGGCACUGCAGUGCCAGAGAAGAUGCUUGAGGUUAGAUUUUAAGGAGUGGGGAAUUGUGGAGCCCACAGAUGCGCACGCAAGGACCAGCAGGAACCGGAAGCCCUGGGUCACCCCACUCUGCCUCAUUUCUGCCUCCAGGAUGCCACUGCCUCUGCUUCCAGGAAAGGCAAGGAGGAGGGUGCUUAUCGGUGCCUCUGGUUCCAGCUUCCUGUCCUUGCUCCCUCCCCUCUCUUGGAGACUGUGCCUUCAGCAGGACUCUUAAUAGCUGCUGCAACUUGGAGAACCUCCCUGCCCUGAAACGUGAACCAAGCACACCUUGGUUCCUUCUCCUGGUGGCUCUCUCUGAGACCCAACUCUGUAGUCCCUCAGUGCUGGUGGUAUCGUGUGGGGCUAGCACAGCCAUUGAUGCUUCUCUGCCCUUCAUUGUCUCAUCUAGACAUUAAGCAGGGAAAAUCCAGGGAGAUUAAAUUCAUGGUGACAAGUCCUGGGCAGUUCUGGUAAAUGGUCCAGCUAGGGAGGAAGUAGAAACUAUUGACUCAAAAGAGUUUCUGGCUGAUCUGUGGCUUUGCCUCCACCAUCCCUAACCAACCUCUCAUCACAGCUUUGUGUGUGGGCUGAGUGCUGGCCUUAACCCCAGGCAUGGAAGAGAAAAUGUGAGGUUGUUUAGAUACUCAUCAAGACCUCACAGGAGCUGAGCCUUAUCAGCCAGAAUGUGUUCCUCAGACAGUCGCACACAUCUUACAGAAAACCCUCCUUGUAGAGUUGAUUGUGGUAUGUGUUUGAUGCUAUAAAGCUCAUUUUUAAUGUGUACACCUGCUCUAGGGGCAAUUCGUUUGAAAGAGAGUAAGAUGCAUUAACAGAAACUAUCCUGGGAUUAGGUGAAAAAUGUCUAGCAAAAGAAACACAGUCUUUAAUAGAGUGGCCUCUUUCUCUCCUCGAUUGUGACUGCUGCAGUUUUACCCCAGCAGUCGGCUGUCUUUGUCAACCAUACGUUUUUGGAGGUUGUGUCUAGCACGUGUCACCCUUGUCCACGUUGUUUCACGUCUGGUUAGGGAGCAGAUUUUAAAAUGUAGUUUUGUAACGUUACAUUUAAGCAUGAUAAAUGAUUAGACUACCAGAUGUUACUAGUGCGAACUUUGUAUUCUUAGACAUUAAAAUGAUUGACAUAAACUCUUUGUGCCUUGAAAAUGAAACAAAUUAUAAAAAUGUUUAAAUCGAACCAA